AUGGCUCUGCGGGCCAGUCUGUUGCCCCUGUGCUGCUUGGCACUCCUGGCACUGUCUGUCCAGAGCUGCGGGCCGGGCCGGGGACCGGUUGGCCGGCGGCGAUACGUGCGCAAGCAGCUUGUGCCUCUGCUGUACAAGCAGUUUGUGCCUAGUGUGCCCGAGCGGACCCUUGGCGCGAGUGGGCCAGCGGAGGGGAGGGUAGCAAGGGGGUCCGAGCGCUUCCGGGACCUCGUACCCAACUACAACCCCGACAUAAUCUUCAAGGAUGAGGAGAACAGCGGGGCUGACCGCCUGAUGACAGAGCGUUGCAAAGAGCGAGUGAACGCUCUAGCCAUUGCGGUGAUGAACAUGUGGCCCGGAGUGCGCCUACGUGUGACUGAAGGCUGGGACGAGGAUGGCCACCACGCUCAGGACUCACUCCACUAUGAAGGCCGCGCCUUGGAUAUCACCACGUCUGACCGUGACCGCAAUAAGUAUGGUUUGCUGGCGCGCCUAGCAGUGGAAGCAGGCUUCGACUGGGUCUACUACGAGUCCCGAAACCACGUCCACGUGUCGGUCAAAGCUGAUAACUCACUGGCGGUCCGAGCCGGCGGCUGCUUUCCGGGAAAUGCCACAGUGCGUCUGCGGAGCGGCGAGCGGAAGGGGCUGAGAGAACUCCAUCGUGGUGACUGGGUACUGGCCGCCGAUGCAGCGGGCCGGGUGGUGCCCACGCCGGUGCUACUCUUCCUGGACCGGGACCUGCAGCGCCGCGCCUCUUUCGUAGCUGUGGAGACCGAGCAGCCUCCGCGCAAACUGUUGCUCACACCCUGGCAUCUGGUGUUCGCGGCUCGUGGGCCAGCACCGGCUCCUGGUGACUUUGCACCGGUGUUCGCGCGCCGGUUACGCGCUGGGGACUCGGUGCUGGCUCCAGGCGGGGACGCGCUCCGGCCGGCUCGCGUAGCCCGUGUGGCCCGCGAGGAAGCAGUGGGCGUGUUCGCACCGCUCACUGCGCACGGGACGCUGCUGGUGAACGACGUCCUCGCCUCCUGUUACGCGGUUCUGGAGAGUCACCAGUGGGCCCACCGCGCCUUCGCGCCUUUGCGCCUGCUGCACGCGCUCGGGGCGUUGCUCCCCGGGGGUGCGGUCCAGCCGACUGGCAUGCAUUGGUACUCUCGACUACUUUACCGCUUGGCGGAGGAGUUAAUGGGCUGA